UUCCAAUCAGGAAGUAUAAGAUCAUCCGGACUGCCACAUCCCAGCUGGUAACCAACCGGUCCCCUGAGCAGGUUAUACUGACGUUUAGACAGACAAUCUGUUUGCUAUUCAGCUGUUAGAACUGUUAGAUGUAAAUUGGAAGUGAGAAUUGUGAAGUUGUUUCCACCACAGGUUGUGUUUCUGUCAUUUUGUUUCCAUUUCAACCCUGAACGGACAUCCCAGUAUGGAGGAGGAUAUGCAGUGGGCUACCAAUGUGACAGCAGAACAGGACCUCCAGAAGUCUGAGUGUCGCAGAGUGCGAGCGGUGAAGCUGGGACGUAUGAAGUGGGACACACCUGAACAGGAAGAACCAGGCUGUGAACCAACCAAUCACAACGUUGAAAGCAUCCAGCCAGAGGAGAGAGAGAGGAAUUCAUUUUCAGAGGGGAAGAUCUGCCGGAGGAGGAAGUUGAAGAAGUCAGGGUCCUCAUCCAAGGUGGCCAUGGACAUACCUGUGUUAGGACCUGUAGACACUUUUGACUUCAUGAAGGCAGCGACUCAGGGUAAACUCAAAGUGGUGGAGAAAUACCUGGAAGAUGGAGGAGACCCCAAUUUCAGUGACCAGUUAAGGAGGACAGCACUGCACUUUGCCUCCAUCGAGGGACACUCUACCAUCAUCCAGAAGCUUCUAGAGAAAGGAGCUAACAUCAAUUCUAAAGACCGGCUGGAGUCCAGAGCUGUUCACUGGGCCUGUAGAGGAGGAAGCCUAGCUGUGAUCGGGGUCCUCCAGACACAUGGAGCAGACCUCAACAUCAGGGACAAGCUGAUGGCCAGCCCUCUCCAUGUGGCCACCAGGACAGGCCAUUCUGAUGUAGUGGGACACCUGCUGAACAGUGGAGCCAAAAUCAACGCCAGAGACAGGGAGGGGGACACUCCUCUGCAUGAUGCUGUGCGUCUGGGCAGAUAUAAGAUACUCAAGCUGCUCAUUGUUGGAGGGGCUGAUACAAGGCUCAAAAACCAUGAGGGAUUUACAGCAGUGGAGCAGGUGAAAGAGUGGCAGUUUGACACCAAGGAGACUCUGGAGAAACUGGACCAGCUGAGGGAGGUGGGUCUGGUACCCCCACUGUUACCUAACUUACCAGACCACCAAAUCAGCCCUAAACCUCCACAUCCCACUGUUACCUAACUUACCAGACCACCAAAUCAGCCCUAAACCUCCACAUCCCACUGUUACCUAACUUACCAGACCACCAAAUCAGCCUUCAGCCCUAAACCUCCACAUCCCACUGGUACCUAACUUACCAGACCACCAA